GUGAAUCAAAAUCAGUAGGAUUCAAUAUGUUUUUCACGGAUCCAAUGUCAGAAUUUUUUCUACUAGAAUCAUUCAGAGGGGAAAAAGUUGUUCCUGGCACAGUUACAGUCAUUGCUGUAAAUUUAGAAAAAUGGAACAGAGAAGCCCUGUACAGCCCUUGGCAUGGGAUCACAACAGAUUGUCCUAAGUAUCCUUUCAAGAGAUUUAAUGACACAAGUGAUCCAGAAAGGUAUAUUACUGAUGUGUGUCAAACAUUUGUUCUGUUUGAAGCACACAUUGAAGGAUGCGGAUGCAAUUCUGUCAUUGAUACAAGAAACUUUUCAAGGAGGCAAUGUGAUCCAUUCGAAGUAUAUAAUUGCUUCCUAAAGUAUGUCUUCAACAAACUAAUAUUUACAGCUAUGGUAACGAUUUGUCACGAGCCAUGCAUCAAAUAUAAAUACAAGACGGAAGCUUCGUAUAUGGGAUUUGGAGAAGAAAAUAAGACCCGAGUGGAAAUUGUAUUCAAUUCAGAGAGUUUCGUUUAUCAUCAAUAUCGAGUUUCGACAUUCUCCAGUUUAGUGAGUCAAAUAGGAGGAACUCUUGGUUGGUACUUGGGAGCAAGUAUAGUGACAGUGAUAGAAAUCGCAGUGUUCGUAAUGUCUUGGAUAUGGUACAAAAUUUUCCCACUUAGAACAACUAAAAUUGAUACAGUACCUAAUGGUCAUCAAACAGCUUCAACGGUGCGCUCAUGUAGAAGAAAAGCAAAUUUGUACGCAUAAAAUUAUUAUAAGAUUCAAUAAAUAAGAAAAAGUAAAAGAA